CCAAACAUUCGACAUCUAUUCUAUGCCAGUAUUAGGAAAAAUCUGGGACCAGGACCGUGCUCUGGCUGAUUGGUUAUUCGAGCUUGACGUCGACUGGGUUCUCCAGCUCCACCAGCUCCAAGACAACUCGGCAUCAUGGCUCCAAGGCUCGGUCGUCAGGUGGAUUCGAGCUCUCAUGGUAACUGCCUACAGUAUCCAAGAGAUGGUCAGCACCAUUCGCCGGACGUUGGCGGUAGCACAGUUUGUCAAAGCGAGCAUCUCCAAGAUGCUCGUCUUCAUCGAUGCCCUCGUCUCUGUUCCAAGGGUGGGGAAUUUAGGAUCCGUGCUAGACAUGUAUAUCUCUGUCUCCAAUGCAUCAUACAUGUUUACGCCGGUUGUGAUCUCUCCAGAAGCCCAAAUCAUUUUCAACGAGACAGGUGGCUUGUUGCAAAGAGAAGGAAACAGACUAUUGGAGACAAUAUCCAACACAAUGGAGGAGGUGAGGGCACUCAUAGAGGACGAUGACUCAUGGGCUAUAGAGAUUCCGCGAGGAGGAGGCGGGGUUCACAGGAAGACCCAGUUGAUGGUGGAUUACAUCAUGUCCAUGUGGGAUGCGUGGAACCAGAUAUCUGCACCGAGCCACAGCGCCGUAAACCUUCGUGGCCUAAUAGAGAACACGGUCGAUUAUCUGAAGGAUUUGCUUCUGAGAAAAUCGGAGUUGUGCUCGGAUCCAAGCCUGAGGUACCUAUUCCUGCUCAACAAUUCACAUUUCAUAACACAGGUGUAUGGAGACCAUGGGGGACUUGAACGUGUGAAGUACAUGGACAACUAUCUCGAUGUUUCAUGGGGUCCUGUGCUGUCCUGCAUACCGAAAUCAAAUUUUAAUGGACCAUUCCAUUGUUUGAUCAACACCUCUCCGUUGGCUAAGUUCCAGUCGGCGUUUCAUAAAACAUAUCAUGCUCAAAAGUUCUGGAAGGUGCCAGAUCCUCAGCUCAGAGAUGCACUGCGGAGAACUAUCGCCGCGAGAGUUAUCUCAGGUUACCACGACUGCUUGAAGGAGCAUCCGGAGCUAGCGGAACUUGUUAGCCACAGAAGCAGCUGCCCCGAGGUUUUUGAGCAAAUGUUGGGAGAGCUAUUUGAAGGGUGAAAAC